AUGAGUCCUCCUAGAUCUAGCAGCUUUUGCAAACAGUCUAAAGGCUCUCAGGGCCGUGAGGGGAAGCAGCCAGACAGGAAGAAUUCUGCGGCAUCUCAUCCUCGCCGCAAAGUCCAGGACCAGCAGGGACACCAACUGGUCGAGGACCGAAACCAGAUUGAUGUGUCUGACACAAUCCCCAUAGCGCUGCAGCAGUUACUCCUGAAUGUCUUCAGGGCUGCAUUGCUUACUUCGUCAAACUCCUUAAAUUUUGAAGCUCAAACUCAAGGUCAAGAUCAAAAUCCAGAUGCAGAAGAAAAACAAGAGGAAAAAGAAGAAGAGCCGCUUGACACCAAGUCCCUUAUCCAGACCAUCAAGUCGCACCUCUACAAUCGGGACUUUGACUCUGCCUUUGCAGACGCCGAUGAGAAGUUACUUAGGGCUUAUGCUUUGAGAUGGAGUGCGGCGAGGGCUCUGGGGUAUGCGGGGCUGUUUAAGUCUUUAAUCAAGAUCCUUUUUGAAGAUGAGUCCGUUUUGCGUCCGACGCAUGUUGUCUGCAUUGGUGGUGGUGCAGGUGCGGAAAUUGUUGCCCUUGCAGCAGCCUGGAGGGAUUUGAUGGAUGAUGGUGUUAUAGCUGGGGCUCAGAAGAUGCUGCCGAAUGCCCUUGAGGCAGUUGCUCUGGAUGAUAGAAAGGAUAAUCAAGGUGGCGGAGGUACAAGGAACAUGCCGAGUCAGGAACAAACGGUCCAACAAUCAGAUACAUCUUCCAGUCUGUCCAUCACGGCUGUCGAUAUCGCCGAUUGGUCAACUGUCGUGAAGCGCCUAUCCUCAACUAUCUUAUCAACUACAGUCAUAGGCUCAAAAUCUCAUCCUGCGCCUCUCCUCCCAAUUUCAACUCCCUCAGGAGAUCGAAUUCACCCUAGCCAUUUCACCGUCGACUUCAAGCGCUUCGAUGUUCUGACUCUCUCGGACCCAGACCUCGCUUCCCUAUUCCAAUCCCAACGGACAAACAUAGUCACACUUAUGUUCACACUAAACGAGCUCUUCUCAACCUCCAUGUCGAAAGCUACAUCUUUUCUUCUCCGGACAACGGACCUCCUAGAACGGGGCACAAUCCUCCUAGUCGUUGACAGCCCGGGGAGCUAUUCGACGCUCAAACUGAACAAGAGCACGGGCGAGCAGCAGGAGAGACAGUACCCUAUGAAGUUCUUGCUUGAUCAUACGCUUCUGUCUGUAACGAAGGGGAAAUGGGAAAAACUGUAUAGUCAGGACUCGAGGUGGUGGCGAAGGGAUGCAAGCAGGCUGUGGUAUGAUGUUGGGGAGGGGGCGGGGUUAGAAGAUAUGAGGUUCCAGAUACAUGUUUAUAGGCGACUAGAGUAGUAUCGUCCUUUAUGUACGUAUUAUGAUCGAUG